AUGGGUGCUUUUCAAGAAACAGCCACCCAAACAAGUGCAUCUCAAGGAACAACCACUACUAAUGGAUCCUCACAAAGGACUAGACCUGCUGCCCCUCCUGAAGUAGAGCCUCCUAAAAAACGAGGAAGGAAGCCAGGGACUAGAACCAAAUUAAAACCAGUUCCACCAUCUGGCCGUGUGGCUCUUAUACCAAAUGGUGACUCGCAAUUUAGUUAUGUCAGCUACAACUGCAAGCCCCCUUACAGAUACACUACUCAGCUUGGUGUCAUUCUGAAGAGAGAGUACCCAAGUUUGCUUCAAGAAAAGGAUGAGGAUGGUGUACUGAUCAUGGAGCGGCCAGCUCUAGACUGGCCUGAUUAUUUUCUGGGUAGUGUGAAUAAAGAAGGCAUGACAAAUGGGGAACGUGUGCUCUAUGAAUUUUGGCGGUUGUUCCAAGUUAACAAAGAAGAUCAAGCAGAGGCGGAUCGUGUUCUUGACAACUAUUUGAAGAAGAAGGUGAGGGACAUCAUGUAUCAAGUCCAUGUGGAUUGUGUAAAGGCAUACUACAGAAAAAGGGGUGAAAGUUUAGAUGAUACACUAGCCCGCACAAUUAAGCUUGAAUACGAACAAUACAAGGAUGGCAGGUUGGGCUGGUUCAAUGACGCUGUGUGGCCCGUUCUAUGUCCCUGUUGGUGCUCAGAGGAGUCCGACAAAACGAAAGUUAGGAUAGGAAUGUCACUUCAGUUCUAA